CCUCAACGUGACUUGUGGCUUGGACACACAUACAUGUCUUUGAAGAUCAUCUGAAGUGGCAUGAUGAAAAUGGCCACAUGAAGCAAUAUCCCUCUUCAGGGUAAGUCGUGCUAGGCAUGCCCUCAACAUGGCAGACCCAGCCUACGACGACAAUGAGGACGGUAAUGAGACACUCAUCCAACGAGUGCUGUCACUCAGUCUUACUCCCAUGCGAAUCUUGACCUCUCGCGCUGCCGUCAAGGCGUACCUCUCGACCAUCCUCUUCCUAGGCACCUCGACCGUACUCCUCGCCCUCUCUUCUACCGCCUACGCCUUCUUCUACUAUAACUACAUACCACAGAUUAGCCUUGAACGCGUCCUCUACCUGCAAUAUGGCACAGACUUCCCUCCGCACGCGACGGCGGAACUGGACACAAACGCGCUGGUCUCGCAACAGGCGUACAAUGUGGAAUUGAUCUUGGACAUGCCUCGCACCCCGACCAACCUGCAGGCCGGGAACUUCAUGCUGGAUCUGUCCUUGUUGGGCUCCAAGAGCGUGCCUGACGCGGUGUCGUCGUGGCUGGGCAACAUCACCGUGGAGAACGUGCUCUAUCACUCCCGACGGCCGGCCAUUCUGCCCUACGCGUCCCCGAUCCUGUCGCUCAGCCACACCGUGCUCCAUUUGCCGUGGCACUUGCUCAACCUGCGCGACCUGGACCGUUCCCGCCUGGUCGUGCCCAUGUUCGAGAUGCUGGUGUUUCCGAGGGGCGCGAGAAACGUGCCUACCCACGCCAGGCUCGAGUUGCAAGCCAGCAGUGUUUUACAGGUGUACGACGUCAAGUUGGCGUUCAGGGCAAAGUUUCAGGGCAUGAGGUACUGGAUCUACAAUUACCGCGCCACGGCCUUUGUGCUCUUCACGGCCUUGUUUUAUGGCGUGAGCGUCACCAGCAUGGCGCUGGGGUGGGCUGUGAUUUCGCACAUGCUCUCCGGCGGCGGUGAGGGCCAGAAGAGGAUCAAAAUGGAAGGGAGGGAGGGGGUGCCGGCGACGGGCACGCCGAUCAAGACCGAACACGAGUCGUCCUCCGGCGCCGCCACCAAAAUCAAGACGGAAGACGAGGCCGAGUCGUCCGGCCCACAUGGGGUGGGAGGUGGCCUGUCUCUCUCCAACAUCUCGGACACGCCGACUCAAUUUCCUACGGGGAGAGGCCGGCCGCCCUUGUCGUACUCCGGACGUCCCGGCUCCGAGGCUGAAGCGAGAGUACACGUCGAAGCGGAAGAAGAUCGUCUGAGAAGGCCUAUGGGGCCAGGCGAAGCUGCGGAUGAUGAAGACGAGGGAGAUUUUGACGAAGAAGAGAUUCGUGGGAGACGGGUUGAAGGCGAUUCCGGGAUCGGAACCAGCAUGGAGAGCGAGCAUGCUGGACUGGGGGUAGUCAGGAGGAGGAGUUCGAGGGGGUUAGGCAACAGAUGAUGUUGAGUGCGUGCCGAAGAUUUUAUGACCUCAGUUUCUAUAUACCCAAGAGCACAGUAUUCUUCAACCCACCUAUAACGAUGCUGCCCGG